AGAAUCCAUUCUUCUUUGUCCUAGCUUUGACGUAGCAUUUAGUUUUGUUUACAAAAAAUGUAUAAUUUUAAAUAACUAUUUUUUAUUUAAUUGGUAAUUUUAGUAGAACAAUAAUUACACUAUGGAUAACUUAAACAAUUUAGAAUAUUACAAAACUUUAGUAUCUGAUGAUGAGGUAAUCAAUGCUCUAAUAAAGGACAGUAAAGUAAGAGAAGGAGUUUGGGAAAAACCUCGAGUGAGGCCCAACAUACAAUUUCUCCAACGCACUCUUAAUAACAUAGCCAGUUCAAAUAAAAGAGUUUCAGAGAAGAGAGAACGAAUAAAAGAAAUUGAGAAGGGAAGAAACGACGUAUCGAAAUACAAGCCAAAGAAAAUAAUACCAAAGAAAAAAUUACCCAUAGAAUAUAUUCGGGAAAUUCUACAGAAUCGAAUAGAAUUUGUUAAACCUGAGGAUGAUAAUGCACAAAAAAUAGAAACGAGCUUAAUACCUGAGCGCAGUCGAAGAAAGUCACUAGACCAAAAGAUAACUCCCUUGACACAAAUUCGAGACAUUUUAAAAAAGAACUGUAAAGGAACUGUUCAAGAUGUUAUAUUAAUAUCAGAUAGUGAUAGUGAUAGUUCCGAUUCUGAGAAAACUUAAAAUGUUUUAUUAAAAAGACGAUAAAAAUUGUGGUACAAUACAUAUAAAAAGUUUGAAGUUAUA